AUGGCAACAGCUGUUGUUUGUUUGGAUUGAUUUGACGGUCAGUCGACCAAACAAGCUGAGGUGUUAGGGGCAACACGUUUGAUUUAGAAGUCACUUGCGAAAAUGACGCGAAAGAGGGCUAGUGAGGACAAGAUUCCUCUGACAGAGUCAAAGUCAACAAUUCUGCAAGAAACAAAGGCUCGUUUUGACACUCUGCUCAAAGCAGCACAAAGCCAGGAUGAUGAUGUUGAGAAAAUGGAUGGGAAAAUGGUGAAGAAGUCUGAUCUUAAGGCAUUCAAGAAACGGUCAAAGAAGAAACUUAGUAGUUCAACCCAAAUGUUAGUGUCUGAAGAAGACUGUUUAUCUUCAAGUGAGAUGGACGUCCAAGAAUAUUCUCCAAAAAUGCUGGCAAGUCCAACCCUAGAGCAAGUGCGAGAUUUCACCUCUGUUUCUAGUUCUGAUGAAUUGACGCUUUCCCCUAAGAGAUCAGCAAGUAAAAUCAAUGAUGAAGAAGUGGAGAUUCCAUCAAUAGAUCCUGUUACAGAACUUGAUAUUCUUGAGACACCCCCAAAGAGGCCCGCCCCUAUGCCACGGAAACGGCACUCUACCCGGGAUGAGUCAAGAGAAACAACGUCUAGUCGUGUAUCUAGUUCAGACUCUGUUAUGACUGCCAUUGAAGCUUCAUCACCUAACAGAAGCAUAAAACUAAGCUCUCCAGAGAAUGAAAGUCCAAAAAAUGGAGAGGUAGAAAUGUAUGAGUUGAAACCAUUAAAAGGCUUCUCCCCGUCCUAUGAAGAAAUUGAUGAAACAAGCCUUGACAGACAUGAAGGAGCAAAAGCAUUGAUAGAACAAACCUCUAGCCGUAUGGCAAAUGCAGCAUCAUAUGAAGAAAUUCUAGAAGAGCAGAGCUAUUUUGCUAGCCCAGAAAGACACAAUUCUGAUGGGAAUGGAGGAGUAUCAAAUGAGUCUGCUGUUAGGAACGAAAAAAGAAACCGUCAGACUAAGAAGACAAAACUUCAAAUGUCACAACACAAGCGCAGAGGGAACAAAGAAAUUGACAACACAGAUACUAGUUCAGAUAAUAGAGUUCAAAAGCCUGUUAAACAGAGGCGAAAGAGAACUGCCACAACUGAAAGUGGCAUUCAAAGCCAAUCUAACAUUAAAUAUAAUUAUGAAAAAAUUAUAGGAAUCAGUUUACACCAUUGUGACAGUUUGAAGAUUGACAGUCUCAUUCGUCAUCCAAUGGUUCGUGUACAUGUGCUUGACACACUCACUGGAGAAUACUUGAAAAAAAGUGAAGCUACCAGAAAUGUAUCAUUUUACCAAGAAAACUCUGAAAUUGAUUAUAUUCAGCCAUUAACUAGUCAGCCAUGCCAGUUUAAAGACCCUAGAUCCUUGACACCAAUUUGGGACGAAACUCUAGUUUUGAAUGAAGACAUACAACACAUUCUUCAACCACAAUCUUCAAUUCUUAUUCUGUUUGAAGUUUUAGACUGUGUUACAUUUGAUGAAGCAAUAGCUCGGCAUCAAAAAUUAGGUUUAGAGAGUGGAUGGCACAGAAUAGCAUGGGCAUUUUUAAAGCCAUGUGGUGCCAAUAAUAUUUUAAACAUUGACAAGAAGCUACGUCUCCAGCUGUACAGGCCUCGUUCUGAUAAGACUUACAGAGGCAAUGGUGACUGUGAUAAAUGUGAUGUAUACAAAUGGUGGAGGAAAGGAGGAUGGAUCCACUACCCAUCAACACUCCAUGUUACUGUUUAUGGCCUUCCCAUGCCAUCUGAUAUACCCUCAUCUCUACGGUCCUAUUGUGCACUUCAGCCUGAGCAUGGGCAGAGCUUUCAUUCAUCUGAUGCUGUUGUUGAUAAUGCAUCUGGUAGCAUCAAGAGUAGGUGUGCUACACCAAUUAGUUUGACGGAUGAUGUGGUUUGGUCUCGGCUUCCAUCACAGUCCUGUAAAAUUCCAAACAAAACUGAGUUCGAUCUUCCUGCAGGCCUCAAUGGAAAUUUUUCCAUAAAAUUUAGCAACCAUGGCCAUCAUCUAGCUGUCAGUGCAGCUAAUCAAACUCUACACAACAUAUAUGUUUACAAGAUUCCAGAGGGUUCUGAAAUAGUUCGUUUUCAAGGCCACCCAGGCAUAGUUUACAAUUUAGACUGGUCUCAAGGUGAUGAUUUGCUGCUCUCUGCAUCAGCAGAUUGCACUGCUUGCAUUUGGUCUAUGAAGAGCCAGAAAUACGUGCCAUUACAGAUGCUGCCUCAUCCCUCUUUUGUCUACUCCGCAAUAUUUUUACCAACAAAUUCUUUGAGUCUUGGAACAGGUUGCUGUGACCAUGUAAUACGGAUCUGGACACGAAGUGACCAAACAGGCAAUUUUGAGCUGCAGCAAGAACUGAAUGGCCAUGAAGGCUAUGUUAGCACACUCUGUACAAAUUCAAGUGGAAUGUUGUUUUCUGGAGACAGUGUGGGUCAGAUAAGGCUUUGGCAAUGUGAAGAGAAUCAAGUUUGGACAGGGCUCAGGGUUUUGAAUGUUCGGGAGCUGCAGGGUGUAGUUCUGAGCCAUUUAGUUCUGCAUCCAGGAGGCAAGCGCAUUCUGGCUCUAACUAGAGACAGUUUGUUAAGGAUGAUAGAUAUUGGGACAGGUGUUGCCAUCCAAUGGUUCAAGGGAGCAUUAAAUCACAGGAUUCAUAGUAAAGCGUGCAUUUCACCGUGUGGGAGCUUAGUUUUCUCACCUAGUGAGGAUGGCACUUUCCAUGUCUGGAAUGCUGACACUGGCAUCCUGGUUGCAUCCUACUCUGGACUCUUCCACACCAAUUACCACGCAAGUUAUCAGGACAGGUCUAAUCACAGGACCAAAAUGUCCAGCCCCAUCCUGAGCGGUGCGGUAGACUAUCACCCUUUUGACCAUUUAAUUGCAUUUGCCUUGUAUGGUGCUCACACACCAGUGAUUGUGUGCAAAUAUGACAGAGAUCAAUCAGGAAAAGAAAUUGGCCUCCAAAUUAAACAUGACAACCAGCGUGAAUACCUUGAAAAUGAAAGUUCUGUAAAACAUAGUAAAAUGGAACAAAUAACUAAGUCUGCUCUGAUUGUAUCAAAUAUUAAGUCAAAAAUUCAUCUCAAGCACAACAGGCACAACAUACAAGAGCCCAAUGAUUUUCAAAGCUCCCCGGAGGUCAUUGCAGGCCAUGAGAGUGAAGACAACGAUAGAGCAAAGAAGGGGGAAAAACAGCACCUUUCAUACAUCAUCAAACAGCUAGAUUAUGUUCUUCAGCUCGGCAGAGCAUCUAAACAGGAGCAGCUUGGCAUAGUCACACCUCGGCAUGCAAAUAGUCCAAGAAGCAACAGUGUUACUCCGGAUUCAUAUUUGCAAGUUCCCUCCAGUCCUGCAAAUUUACUGGAAAGUUUUGAAAGUGACCCAACAGCAAAACCUGUCAAAGAAAUUGACACUGCAGUGUCCUACUCUCUGCCCCAUUCUUACCCUCUAGUGCAACAGCUGGCGGAGUCUAAAGUGACAUCCUCUCAGUCCCUAAGAGAAGAUAGGUCACCUGCACAGAUGCCCAUUUCUUCACCCGUGGAACUACACUAUGUUCAAGAGAAGCCACCACGUCCCAUGCCUCGUCACAGGAGAACGAAGCAAGCAAGAGUGGACAGACGACAGUCCAUUCCUGACCAAUCAACAACAGACACAUCGAUACUAAGCUCAGAAAACGAAGAGGCUUUGAAGUCUGUGCAAGUGAUGCCUCAACCUUAUCAGUUAGUUCAAGAGAAUGAACAAAGCCGAAGAAAUUCAAAAGCUCCAUUGCCAAUGUAUAAAAGGGUCAAGGUGGGAAAUCGACCUCAUCAAGUGUCAUCAUUCGAAUCUGACAGUGACGAUCGACCAACAAAGAUAUGAAAACCUGUUAGAAGUUGAAACUUACCUUGGUUUAGGAAGAAAAACUGUCCUUAGCGGAACAAUCUGCUCUGGUGGAUUGAUGUGUUUUGUACGCACUAUAAAUAAAGUUGCUUCUUGAACUCA